AUGGACACAAACAAACACGAAGGAGGGACUGAAAGUGUGCCUGUGAGUACCCCUGCAACACAGAUUUCGCAGUUGCAGGCGUUAGCCUCUGAGCUGAAGGCAGGUUUCACAGAAGCAAUGCAGGAGCUGUCACGCAUCCAGCAUGGAGAGUAUGCCCUGGAAGAGAAGGUCAAGAGCUGCCGCUGUGCCAUGGAAGAGAAGGUGGCUGAGAUGAAGAAUUCCCUCAACACUUUCAAGGAGGAGCUCAGCGAUGCAAAGUCAAUGAUUGAAGAAAUCAGUGCCAAGCAGGAGGAAAUGCAACAGAAAAUUGAGCAGCUGCAGCAAGAGAAGCGGCGGGAAUCACGGAAAAUGAAAGCUAAAAGAGCACAGAAGGAUGACCACGGGUCACAGACAGUGCCAACACCCCUCCAGGGCAGCCCAUUUCGAUCCAUCAACCUCCCAGAACCUGUGCUGAUUAAUGAAGAUUUCACAAGUCUUUUACACAACGUGACUUAUGAAAAAGUGUCUGACACCAGGAUCAUGCCCAUGGGAGAAGGAGGUGUGAAAGUCAUAGCAGGCCCAGGGGCAGCCAUAGAGACAGAUGACAGCCUCAAGCCUUCCCUGGCAACAGAGGGGCAGUCGAAAAUGCAUCUGCCAUCAACAGUAUGGAAGCAGCCCAAGGACACCAAGGACUGGGGAGAUGAAUACAUUUCCAAAGAGCAACCAGAGAGAGGGAAAGACAUGGGCCAAAGCAGAUACAGCUCAGCAGACAACAUAAUAUGUGAACCCUCUUUGGCUGCCAAAAGGCAGAACAUCGCCUUGGAGCUGCUGGAGUCAGAAAGGAAGUAUGUCAUCAACCUUUCCCUAAUCCUGAAGAUCAAAGCCACACUGCAAGGGCCAGAUGUGAAAAGAAGCACCAAAGAGAGAAGCUUUUUCCCCAACUCUCUGCGGUUCCUGGUGCAGCAGCACGUGGAUUUACUGCACGCUCUCCAGGAGAGAGUCCUGAGCUGGCCACGACAAGGGAUCCUAGGAGACAUCUUCCUGAAGCUGACAAAUGAUGAGAAUAAUUUUCUGGACUACUACGUCGCUUACCUGAGGGACCUGCCAGAAUGCAUCUCUCUGAUCCACGUGGUGAUCCUGAAGGAGGUAGAAGAAGAAAUCAAGUCUGAUCUCUACAUUCUGUUCUUUCAUAUAGUCCAGCGAAUUCCUGAAUACCUUAUUCAUCUACAGAAUGUCCUGAAGUUCACCGAGCAAGAGCACCCUGACUAUUACCUGCUGCUGGUGUGCGUGCAGCGCCUCCGGGUUUUCAUCUCACACUACAGCCUCCUCUUCCAGUGCAAUGAAGACCUGCUGAUACAGAAGAGGAAAAAGCUGAAGAAGUCAUCCCUGGUGAAGCUGUACAAAGGUCUCACCUCCCAGUGUACAAGCCAGGAGGUUUCUCCAACACCCAGUGCAGCAUCAAUGCGGGACAGUGGGAUCCACACCGAAGAGGCCAUACAGUCAUUCCCAGCAGCACCUUCCUCUGGCACAACCACCCCGCAUUUGAUGCCGCAGAUGAAGAAACCCCAGCCGACGGUGAUGGAGAACAUCCAGGCUGUAAAGUCCCCUGACUGGGAGAUGGAAAGCAGAAAACACGAGAGGCCAGAGAACAUCCUUGCCUCCUCUCAGCUGACAGAGCAGGAACUCAAGGCCUUGACAGCCCCCUUGCAAUCCAUCCCCGAAAUGGAGUACGAAGCGCCACCGGCUGACGCGGUGGGGAACACCGAGAGAGCCAUCAGGAGCUCUGUGGAACUGCUGCAGGAUGCCAGGAACUUUGCACCAAGCUACGAAGAGUUUGACUACCCCGGGGAGGUUUUCACCAUGCCAGGCCCCUACGAAGAUGACACCUUCCAAAACCUUGCUCUCUUUGAGAACUGUUCCCCGGCCUCUUCCGAGUCCAGCUUGGAUAUUUGCUUCCUCAGGCCUGUGAACUUCACCUCAGAACCGGAGAGGACAGACCAUGCCUUGCAGCCACUGCCUAAGAGCUGCACUCCCGUGAGCAGCAGCACCUACAAGCGUGAGAUGUUCCACAGCAAAGGGAAGCAGCUGAGCAGGUCCCUGAAGGAGCUGCCGCGGAGCGCGGAGGGCGUGAGCACCAGACUCUACAGCACACGGAGCAGCAGUGGGAGCCGCCUGCAGCAGAAGCAGGACAGGAAUGUUCAGCCUCACAUGAUCUCAGCCUCAUCUCGAAGCUCCCAAAGGAGCUACUUCCCCCCACAGAGAGGAGCGGGUGAAAAACCGAGCUUUUUGGAAGUAAGGAGGGAGCUCCAUGCAGAAGACAACACCAGGUUCUGCCAGAAGGAUGACAAUGAGCAAACAUCCUUCAGCGACCACAACCCGCGGCACGAGCCCAAGGGGGGGUUCCGGAGCUCCUUCCGCAAGCUCUUCAAAAAGAAAUAAGCAGCCCCAAGAAAGGCAGGCCACAGCCAAAGCACAGCAGUGCUUCCCCAGGCCCCCGAGGGUGGAGACAGACAGCAAGGCCCCAGGAUCCCCCUGACCAACACAGAGGGUGGAGGGUGGGGGAGAGGAGACUCUCACAACUGCCUUACAAAUGCAUCCUGCUCUUUCUAGCACAGGGCAGGGCCAGGCUUUGGGUUGCAGUGGAGCUCAACCAGCAGGUCCAAUAAGCACAGGAACUUGCUAGCUUUCAUCUCUACCUGACUGAAUUCCCCUCGGUUUUGGAAAGCUUUGGCCAAACCCUGGUAUCUUCUCCUCCCCCUCAUCCCCUGAAACAGCUUGAUUUGCCAUACAUCUUUGCUCUUCCAAACUCAAGGCAGGUCUUAUUUGGGCUCACCCACAACAGAAAGGUUACCUUUGCAGCCCUGGCAUCCUGGCCAGAAGUCUAAAAUUCCCUUCUUUUUCCUCUACUUUCCAAAAAAAAAGCCACCAUCAAAUAUGCAUUCCAGGAGGCCAGCUCGCAUUACCCAGGUGGUUUGAGAAGGUGUAAGAAGCAUCAGCUGAAGCACCUGAGCAUUGCACUGCCCAAUCAGCAACAUCCUUUCUUUUGGACUUCCAUCAUUCACCAAAAUCCUAUUUCACCUCUUACGUGAACGCUGUUUUCCUGAAUUGUGUCCUGCUGUAGGAAUCACUGCUUCUGCUCUCAGACUCGCCCACGUCUCCAGGCAGGUGAUGCAGGCUGGGCCCAGGGCCUGCCACAAGAGAGACUCCUCUCCACCUUAUCCCCAGUGUGGAUCAAUGCAGACACUGGUAGUGCCAAACUGUCCUGGCUCCUGGUCCAUAACACAUCUGGAAUACACUCUGCUGGCUCUUUGGCCUGACACCCUCACGAGCAGCUUUGGAAAGGUCCUUCCAGCUAAAAAAUGCAGGAAAGUUGAUGGUGCACCAUGUUCAGAGGCAUAGCCCUCCUUCUUGUGCAAGGACAGAUCAACGAGGCCACACACAGGCCACCCUCCUCACAGCUGGACGUGGCAAACCCUCAGUGACUGAUCUCUGGAGGAGACUCAGAGCAGCUCUGCUGUGACACCCGAGUCACACCAGCAGCGAGAGCACCACUGGCACAGUGGUUACCAGGGCAGCACUGGUGAGCUCUGGUGUCACCUGAAGCUGGGACGUCCCGAGGGCAGUUUCAGGAGCAACUGUGGUUUUAUCACCUUGUUUUGACUCGCCUGGGACACCCGGUCUGGCUAAAGGACAGCUUCACCUUAAAAAGCUGUGAACUGUCUCCAUACGGCCAACAGCAAUGCCUUGGGGGAAAUACUGUGAGACUGGGGGCUUGGGAUCCCUGCAUCAGCACAAGGGUGGCUGGUUUUGGGGCCAAGAGAAGAGCACCCACCAUGCUGCAUGGCUCUCCUGCUGUGGCAGCAGGACAGGGGAGCCCAGAGCAGGUGUCUGUGGGGGCAGUGGCCAAUAUCUGCUGCAGAUGCAGGGCCCAGAGCUCUCCAGUGUUGACUGACCUGCACCUACCACCUGAUUUUCCUCCUCUGCUGGAGGCAAAGGGGUGUGUGUGAAAAGGGCUAUCCAGACAGACAAAACCCAUCCUUUACUGCAAUCGAGGUUUUCCCAACAUUUCAAGAAUGUGACCAAGCAAAACCCCAAAGAUUAAAAUGUUUUAGCUGGUCCCACUCCCAUAGAUUUUAAUUAAACAAAUAUCCACUUCUCCUUACAAAAAGGAAAGAAGUAACAUACUUUCCUGCCCUAGCUUUUGGAAACUACUCUGGGAAGAUUUUUUUUUUUUUUUUAAUGUAAGGCUUUUAAUGGCAAAAAAACUCCCCUUCCAUCUCCUUCCCUUUCCCUGACAUCCUCAUAAAAUUACAAAUUCCAUGUCCCUUUCCAGUCAGGACUGCUUCAUGCUGACCAGCCACUGAAUCACAAAGACAGCGCCUAGGACUUGGCAGCUUCUAGUCAGACUGUGCAGGGCCAGGAUAGAAAUUAUGUAGGAAGAGCCAGAUACUUGUAACUGAAGCAUCAGCAAAGCCUGUUUGUUCUGCACAGGAAUCAGCCACAGACAGAACAGUUUGUCUGUCCAUGGAACCAGAGCUGUAUCAUUAUGGACAAGUGUCCAUUGUAAUGCACUGAUGCUGUCAAGGGCUUUGAUUCUUGUGGUUUUGGUCUCAUGUAUGUAAUGACACUUUUAUCCUUCACAAAACAAUCCUGCUUUUCAUAUUUGCCAAGCAGAAUACCAGGACAGAAACAGGACAAAGGAAAAAAACCUACCUGCUAACAUCUCCUGGGUGAGGAGAUCCUUCCAAAGUGGCAGACCCUUGCUUGUAAAAUGCAUGUGGAUUUCAGCUUCUAUUUUAGUGAUUUAAGGCACAGUCAGAACUGAUGGUUAUUUCUUUUUGAUUCUCUAGGAGUUCUUACUUCCAGGCCUAUACUUAUCACUUGAGAUGUCCUUGUACCUGCUCAGAAUCUGCAAAUGUAAAUAGUAUGAAUGAAUGAUGCUCAGCACCACACACACACACACAACCUGUUGCAGGAUCCAUUUCAAAUCCAUCUUCAGUGUACAUGUGUGCUCUGGAUUAUUUUUCUUCCUUUGCCAAAUAAACGUUGCCUUUAAAUAAC